AUGGACAGAUGGAUUCACUCUGAGAUUCUCGCAGUUUUUCGGAAAUGCCUUUGCUGCCGACGUAAGGAAAGACAAUGGAACCCGAUAAACCACAGAAAAAACUCCAAGAGAAUCCGAAGAGAAGACACACACGUUCAUUUUGCCAAGAAGGUGAAUAAGGUGAUGCCCCUCCAGUACGAACACACCUUUACUAGCUCCGACACGAGCCUGAGGAACUCGCUCCCUAAAUCGCCGUCAGAGGAAAGCUUUUAUCUUGAAGAUUUUGACGAGUUUGUCGAGACCUUUGUGGACCAGACACUACAGCGGGCAACAGCAACACUUAUUAUAGAACUCAAACCAAGGACCAUCACGAC